AUGGAUUCCAACGAGAAACCCCAGCAUCUGGAGCCCUCAAAGCUUGGCACAAAGCAAUAUUGGGAUGAUCUUUACACGAACGAGAUAACAAAUCACACGGCUGAUCCCUCCGACAUCGGAACCGUUUGGUUCGACGACUCAGAUGCUGAAGCAAAAAUACUCGAAUUCUUAGAAGGACUGCUUGAUCCCUCCGAUCCAGACUCUCCCGUCCUCUCUCACGACAAUACAACAUUUCUCGACCUUGGCUGUGGAAAUGGGUCCCUGCUUUUCUCCCUCCGUGAAGAAGAUUGGUCUGCCCGUGCUCUCGGCGUUGACUACAGCCCCCAGAGUAUCGCUCUGGCAAGACAGAUCACAACUACCAAGGACGGUCUAGAAAAGCCAGUCGAGUUCGAAGAGUGGGAUCUUAUAGCUGGAUCCUACGAUCCCGUCCUCAACGGCGAGCAGGCCGAUGGCUGGGAUGUCGUGCUCGACAAGGGCACAUUCGAUGCUAUAUCCCUAAGCGAUGAGAAAGAUGCUCAAGGACGACGGUUAUGCGAAUGCUACCGUGAGCGUGUGCUGCCGCUGGUUCGCAAGGGUGGCAUUUUCCUGGUGACAAGCUGCAACUGGACUGAGACUGAGUUAAAAGGCUGGUUCGAGAAGACCGACAGCCAAGGAUUUGAAGCUAUUGGCAGAGUAGAAUACCGAUCUUUCAGCUUCGGCGGUCAAAAGGGACAAACUAUUAGCACACUCUGCUUCCGCAGAGUAUAA